AAAAUUUUCAUCACUUCUUCACUUUCCCUCUUCUCAUUCUUCAUCUUUCUCUCUCAAUUUUUUUAUUUCAUUUUUUAAAAUUCUUCAUUAUAACGGAUGCGUUACUCCGCGACGGUACCUACAUCCGCGUGUAGUUAUCGUGAAAUGCAUCUGCCACCACUGUAGCGUCAGGCGGCGGCUCCUACCGCCGCAAUCGCGCCAUUAUUGGCAGCGAUUAACUACCUAGCUAGGUUUAUUUUGUACAAAAAUUAUAUAUGCAAUUGUAACUAAACUUAUAUUCCAUAUAUUUCGUGUUACUUCUACUUAUGCACGAUUUAGUAGCUAGCUAGGUUUCAAAUUAUGACCUGUAUGAUAAACUUACUCUUCUGCUUCGGUUUCUUAUAUGUCUGAGUAAUGUUGAUUCUAAUUUGUUAACUUAACGGCAGAGUUUGACACAUUUGAGUUAGACACCAUCAUCCCCAAUUUUUGUAGACAUUUUCUACAAAAGUAGAAAACACUGAAGCAUCUAAAUUAGAUUUCACAAUUAUGAAGAAAGACCCUACAAAAAACCGAAUCAGAUUCACUAAGAUGUAGAGACUACUGAUGGGUGAAGAGAACCUGAGUGACCGAGAAGUAAACUGUUUUCAAUCUCGAAAAAGUAUUGGUAUUCUUUUGGGAUAUUUAUCGGGGAAGUAUAUGAGAUAUGGAUACUACAUGGAUAUUUUCCUUUUCUAGAAUAUCCUGGCUUCUUAGGUUGUGAUCUAGGAAGUCAAUAGCGGUGCAGAGUAGGGUCGGGGGCGCUCCUAGGGUGUUCGUGGGUCGCGGCCAGGAGGGGAUUAUGGGCUGCUAUCUUGUUUUUUUCUUGAAAAGUCAGAAUUGGCUUCAUAGUUUGUGAUCUAGGUAGUCUAUAGCGGCGCAGAAUCGGGUCGCGAGUGGUCUUAGGGUUUUUGCAGUCGCGGCUUGGAGUGGAUUAUGGGCUGCUAUCUUGUUUUUUACUUGAAAAGUCAAAUUACCGUUUAAAAUGAAAACAUUUUAAAGGUAAUUUGGACUUUCCACUUGCCUUUGAGUUUAAACUGUUUUAACCUAGCCGUUCCUCGUGCUGCGCUGUUCGUUUUGUUCAAGGCUUCAAGCAUGUCGUUCCCUUUGCUUCAUCCUCCUUCAAUCUUCAUCUUCCCUCUGCGGAUAUACAUGGCGAAUUUUGGGCUCGCCGCGAUGCUAAAUAUUGGCCGAUAUUGCGGUUGUUUCCGCUAUAAUCUGCUACAGCAGAGCCGGUAUGGCGGUAUUUUGGUUCUCUGCCAUGGACCGCCAUACGCCAUCGACAACACUUGUCUGUUUGGAAUACAUGUAGUAUUGCAUGAUGUAGUAGUUAGGAUUUAUUUAAAAUAUGAUAUGAUAUGUGGUAUUUUAAACUAAGCAUUUUACUAUUUUACUAUUUUAAUAUUUAUCUAACUAUGACAUUACUUGAACUAUGUAAAUUAGCAUUGGUUUGUGAUAUUGUAUGAAUGUGUAGAUUUGAUCUGAUUGGUUUCUCUAUUUGAGUACUGUGUCAGUUACAGACUCAAACUAUUUUACUUGGUAAGGUUUGAUCAUAAGAGCCUUAUUAAUGCAAAAUCUUUGGAUGUUUAACGUCCUUGGCUAUGUUUCUGAUGUAGACAGGCUUCAAAUAUAGCCUGAGUUAAAGUAAGCUUAAGUCGAUACUCAAUAGAGACAUUUUGUAAAUGUGCCUUUUUUUUCUAACGUAGAUUUAGAAGAGUUGGAAUGAGAUUUUAAGGCACCAUCAAUUAACUUCUCAUUUUGGAUUCGAGACAUUUGUAACUUAAGAAUUAGUCUUUUAUUUAUGUAAACUGAUCUGUAGUUCGGGUGGGCGUUGGAUAAGCAAUAUAAUUAAGUUUUUAUAUUUUAGAUCAACUCCACUGCCAUAUAGUUAGGUCAACUUAUCAACCCAAGUUUUGAACAAUGAUUUGGCUUUUUAAAUUGAUACCGGCACUUCGGAAAAUUUUGUUCUCAUUUGUUUUUCUUUAGACAACAAUUCCAACUAUAUCAUUAGUUGUUGUUCAGCGAUUACUGAUCACCUUCUUAGAAGAUUAGGGUAGGGUAUGUUUUUGGCCUUGGAGACCUUUGCGGUAGUUUGGUGUGUGCCUGGACAAUAGAACUGUUUUGAAUGUCCACCAAACGAAAUUAUGCUCAUUACAUAGUAUUCCUAGUGAAAGUAUUGGGGAGAUUACCCAUGGGAACUUCUGGUUGAGGGCUUGUAUGUAUCACUGAAUUAUUUGUAUGUGUCACUGAAUUCUGUGACCUGAUCACUAUAUCAACUACUUUUAUAAUUAUAAUAUAUACUUAGAGCAAUGUUUGGUCUAGUCUGUAAUCAUAUAGAAGUCAACUAUUUUUCUAAAAGUAUACUAUUAUGCUUUUUCUUCUGUGUUUUUGUAUAUUUAUGUAAAUGUAAAUGCAAACAUUAUUUGUAUGCAUUCCAUAUGUACUUGUAAAACUUAAUACUGAAUAUGGCCUACACUAAUUUCUUUCAAUUUUUUCUUAUGUUACUUUUAGUUGAUGUAUAUAGUUAACUUUAAGUGCUGUUUUUCUGAUUUACUAUUUGUGCAUAGCCUCUAUUAUUUAAAAAAUGUUUUUCUGAUGUCUUCAGAAUGAUUAUAGUUAGUAUUUCAGUUGCGUGAUGUUUUAAAUUUUUCCUCUACUUGCCGUCUAUUCCAAGACCAACUAGUAUAUUUUACUCGGCUUUUUUAUUUUGAAAUGACAAUUCUUAUUAGGUCCAACUAUCAGCAACAAACAAAAGUAUUAGCUUUAAAAGAGGCUAUUUCAUUUUUCUUACACAAAUUAUAUUUAAUUUGUUUUAACAAAAUGAGGUGUUAUUAGCACUUCCUGAAAAAGGACAAGGAGGGUUCAAACAAAACUCUGCGGGAGAGAGACACAGAGCUUGUUUGAGACAGAAAAAUACAUAUUCAACGAAUGGCAUGGGGACUGAUCUAAUGCUAUGCUCUUCAAAAAUCUCAAAUGGAAUAUUUGAAGGGAAACACUUGUGCAGUUUACCUUCCAUUUAGAGAAAGGGGACCCUAAAGACCCACUUUCAGAAACGGGCUGUGUAAACUGAUCUGUCUUUUGUGCGUUAGCGUGAUUCACAUGAUUCUGAGAUGAAACUGAUUCUUCAUCCAUCGUGUCAAUUUCUCUUUAUUUGGUAUGCAUUCAAAAGUAUACAAAACUCGUAGCUCAACUGCUAUAGACCGAGGAAAGUACAUAGUUUGGACAAGUGAAAUGGACAGUUGCCUCACUGAUGUGCUUAUGGAUCAGGUGGAAAAGGGGAAUAAAGUGGAUAACAUCUUAAAGCCUGCAGCGUUUGCAGCUGCACUGAAAGCAUUAAAUGAGAAGUUUGGUAUGCAUAUGACAAAAGGGCACAUAAAAAAUCGGCUGAAGACAUGGAGGAAACAGUUUGGGGUUUUGAAGGAGCUCCUUGCCCAUAAGGGGUUUGUUUGGAAUAAGACACAAAAGAUAGUUGUUGCCAAUGAUUCAGUUUGGAAUGACUACAUCAGGGAGCACCCUGAUGCCAAGAUUUUCCGAGCAAAGUCCAUUGAAAACUAUGAUAAAUUAUGUAUUAUUCUUGGAAAUGAUCAAUCAAUUGCAAGAUUUUCUGACAGUGUUACAGAAAUUGAUGUAAACUUCACAGUUGAUGACGAGGAGCCAGAUCCUGUCAUUUUGUCUGAAACACAAACUGAUGGAAACCUGACUAAGCACCUCAGGUGGACAGAAGAAAUGGAUCACUGGCUUGGAAAGAUUCUCGUAGAUCAAGUGAGGAAAGGGCUUAAAAUAGAUAAUGUUUUCCAGACAGAAGCAUAUGACAAAGCUGUUUCCGCCAUGAAUGCAAAAUUUGGGCAUCAUUUAACAAAAUUUAACAUUAAAAAUCGUCUUAAAACAUGGAAGAAACAGUAUGAAAUAGCAAAGGAAAUUCUGUGUCAUGCUGGAUUUAAAUGGGACGAAACAAAGAAAAUGAUCAUUGCAAAUGAUUCUACAUGGAUUGAGUACAUUCGGACACAUCCAGAUGCAAGGACUUACCGUGCCAGGGUCCUGGAGAACUAUGAGCAGUUUUGCACUAUCUUUGGCCAUUUUAAUGAGCCUUUGAAUCGUAAUGACUCUGUGCCUUGUGAUGAGCCUUUUGAGUUUGAAAGUGUCUGUCCAGUAAACUAUGAUAGCAAUCUUAAAGAUAUAAUGAAGCAUAUGAGGUGGACAAGUGAUAUGGACAGCUGUUUAAGUGAAAUUCUCGUGCAGCAAAUUAAACUCGGUAACAGAAGCAGAUUUGACCACAAACUAAAACCUGCUGCAUUGGAGGCUGCUGUGCUAGCUAUUAAUGAAAAGUUUAAGCUUUAUAUGUUGAAGGAUCAUAUUAAAAACCGUCUUAAAACCUGGAAGAAACAAUAUGAUAUCCUGAAAGAACUUUUGCGCCAGAGGGGCUUUGAAUGGGAUCAGAACCGAAAAAUGGUCAUUGCAGACGACUCUGUAUGGAAUGAAUAUAUUAAGAUAAAUCCCGAUGCUCGAAUUCUUAAAGGACGGGUUAUCAGAAACUAUGAGGAACUUUGCAUAAUCAUUGGUCACAUUGAUCCACCAGGUAUGAUCACUACUCGUGCUAACAUGGGCAUGACUUCAGAUGAUAAUGUUAUGGAAGCUCAAGAGACAAAUUACCAUGGAACUGACAAUACAACGGAAAAAGGAAAGAGUGUAACAUGGACAGAUGAAAUGGAUCUUUGCUUGACAGAGCUGCUAGUCAAGCAAGUGAUGUUGGGAAACAAGCUUGAGAAAAAUUUCAAGACCUCAGCUUACAUAGCUACUUUAGCAGUUCUAAAUGAAAGAUUUGACUUGAAUUUAACAAUAGAAAACAUUAAAAGCCGGUUGAGAACAUGGAGGAAGCAGUACAGCCUUAUGAAAGAGAUGCUUUCUCGUGGGGGAUUUGAAUGGGAUGAAAGACGUAAGAUGGUCGUUGCAUCUGACUCAACAUGGGAUGAUUGCAUUAAGAAACAUCGUGAUGCUAGGCAUCUGCGAGGCAAACGGAUAGAAAACUACAACGAAUUAGGUUUGAUUGUUGGCAAUGAGGAAGCUAGUGGAAAUUGGUCGGAAGACACUGAGAUGUUUGAUGUAAACAUUACUCCUAACUUUAGGGAGGAUGCUGAUGCUGAUGCAAAUCUUAUCCCUAACUUUGAAGAACACGAGGAUGUAAAUCUCACUCCUCACUUUGAAGAGGAUGAUGAUGUAAAUCUGACUCCUCACUUUGAAGAGCAUGCUGAAACUCCAACAUUGAUAGCUAAUGAAGAGGAAAUGAGCCACGAUGAUGCAAGUGACGAAGUGCAGGGUUCAUCUGAGCAAACAGGGGUAAGGCCUUCAUCAUCACAGUCAAAGCAGCCAUCGAAGCGGAGACGCACCGAUGAUGUUAUACUACACAUGAUGAGUCUUAUGGCUGCUGAUAUAGGUCGGAUAGCCGAUGCAUUAACUGAAAGUAACAGAACCUUGUGCUUGGAGGAAGUGGUUGAAAAGGUGCAAAAUAUUCCUGACUUUGACGAUGAUCUCAUCAUUGAAGCUUGUGAAUAUUUAUGUUUCGAUGAGAAGAGAGGAUUGAUGUUUUUGAAAUUAGAUGAGAGAUUGAGAAAAAAGUGGUUGUUGAAACGUUUGCGUGGUGGUUAAUGUAGUUAAAAAGAUCAUUGUAUUCUUUCAUAUUGGCAUUUGUAGCAUCCCCAGUUCAGGCUGUUUCAUUCCAUAUAGAAACCAAAACUGUUUGGAAAGGGGAGACAUUUGUGUAAUGACAAGCUGUUUCAGCACCUGAUUCCUUGUAUAUUAUUAGCAGCUCUUAAAGUUAGUAAAAAAGCAUGUUUUGCACUUGCUUUAGAGUGAAGGAAAAAACAUAUAUCAUUUCAAAAUUUGAAGAGACAUAGAUUAAUCUCAAACAGAACCAGAAGUGUAUAUUUGUUCGUUUUACUUGAAAUGUGUACAAAAGUUUGUGUUUUCUUUAAUAAUGGCAGAUGUUGAAUA